AUGACAGAAUACAUUGGUGAAACGUCCAGAACUGGAAGCAGCGAUGAAAGCGGAACCUAUGACGAAUGGAUUCCUUCCUUCUGCCAUCGUUUUGGUCACGAAUAUUUUUGCGAGGUUCCUACGGAAUUUAUCGAAGACGACUUCAAUAUGACGGGACUUGCGCAAGAAGUGCCACAUUACCGCAAGGCCCUCGAUCUGGUGCUUGAUCUCGAAGCCAUGAGCGACGAAGAGGGCCAAGAAACCGAGGAACCGGUCAGUCGGAGCAUAAUCGAGCACGCAGCCGAACAGCUAUACGGGCUGGUGCACGCCAGAUACAUCCUCACUAAGCCGGGUCUUCAAGCCAUGGCCGAAAAAUUCGACCAUAAGGAAUUCGGCAUCUGUCCCCGCUACUACUGUGCAAGCAUGCAAAUGCUCCCUUGUGGGCUCACCGAUACGUUAGGGAAAAUGACAGUGCGGUUGUAUUGUCCCAGUUGUGGAGACCUGUAUCUCCCGCAAUCGUCCCGCCAUCUUUGCCUAGAAGGUGCUUUCUGGGGUACCUCGUUUCCAGGCGUGUUUCUUAAGCAUUUCAAAGAACUGGAAGACUACGUUGACCGCAAGUCCAAAGACACUUAUCAGCUUAAGGUCUUCGGGUUCAAAAUAUCCGAAGAAGCUCCAUCGGGGUCUCGAAUGCGGUGGCUCAGACAGUACCCCAAGACUAAAGAAGAACUGUCAGAGCUUGAAAAAUGCGAGUUUGAAAUUCCACAGGUCCGCUAA